UCCGGGACUGUGAGUGUGCCCUCCGGUGUCUUGAGUUUUUGUGUUUUCUUUUUUAAGUCAGUUUGUGUUUUAACCUUACGUCGCAACGUGUUGAAAUAUAAUUUCGCACUUAGUGCCAUAGUUGUUUAUUAACUUACAACAUUUGAAACGGCUUGAAAUCUGUUUGAAUCUACCUGGAAUAGGCGGACGGACCACCAAGAUGGAUAUUAGCUAACGUUAGCCUAGCCGAUAGCUGAUUUGCCAGCCAAUGAUCACAGGUCAAGUAGCUAACCGGGCUAAUUUAUUUAGCCACUUCAAACUGGAUUAUAACGUUAUCGUGAACAUAUCAAACAAAUUUUUUUUUGCGGACUUCUUCCAAACUCGUUGUCAUUUUUGUUGAGGAUCCAACUUCCCUUUCGGAAGGCCAACUACCUACCUGUAACCCAGGAAGGAGAGACCGAGAGAGAAAGAAAGUGUUGUCAUUGUCUGGUUGAGCUGUCCCAGUAUGUUGUCCAACGCUGGGAUCCAGCCUCUGUUCCCCCCGACCCAGGGCCCAGCUAACCCGGCGGGCCAACCUAACCAGCCCCCGCCGGGUCACCUCCUCCAGUUCCAUGUGAAACCGACCCUACAGAUCAAGAAGAACGCAAUAACGGACGAUUACAAAGUGACCAGUCAGGUACUGGGCCUCGGCAUCAAUGGAAGGGUGCUGGAGAUCUUCCACAAGAAAAGCGGAGACAAAUACGCCCUGAAGAUACUGCAGGACUGUGCGAAGGCUCGAAGGGAGGUGGAUCUUCACGGUAGGGCGUCGUCCUGUUCCACUAUCGUACGCAUCAUCGACGUCUAUGAAAACCUCCACCAGGGCAGGAAGUGUCUGCUCAUAGUCAUGGAGUGCAUGGAUGGGGGAGAGCUGUUCAGCCGUAUCCAGGACAGAGGAGACCAGGCCUUCACAGAGAGAGAGGCCUCUGACAUCAUGAAGAGUAUAGGAGAAGCCAUUCAGUUUCUUCAUGCCAUCAACAUCGCUCACAGAGAUGUCAAGCCAGAGAACCUACUGUAUUUAUCGAAGAGGCCUAAUGCGCUGCUGAAACUGACAGACUUUGGUUUUGCUAAAGAGACCACCACACACAACUCACUGGCCACCCCCUGCUAUACACCAUACUACGUCGCUCCAGAGGUGUUGGGACCAGAGAAGUAUGAUAAGUCAUGUGACAUGUGGUCGCUAGGUGUCAUCAUGUACAUCCUGUUGUGUGGUUAUCCACCAUUCUAUUCUAACCAUGGUCUGGCCAUCUCUCCUGGGAUGAAGAAGAGAAUCCGUAUGGGGCAGUAUGAGUUUCCUAACCCAGAGUGGUCCGACGUAUCAGAGGAGGCCAAGCAGCUGAUCAGGACCCUGCUGAAGACAGACCCCACACAGAGGAUGACCAUCACAGAGUUCAUGAACCAUCCAUGGAUCAACCAGUCAAUGGAGGUUCCCCAGACUCCUCUCCACACCAGUCGAGUUCUGAAGGAGGAGAAAGAUGCCUGGGAGGACGUCAAGGAGGAGAUGACCAGCGCCUUAGCGUCCAUGAGAGUGGACUAUGAGCAAGUCAAAAUCAAGACCAUGGAGGAUUCCUCCAAUCCCCUUCUGAUGAGGAGGAAGAAGACCCAUCCCUCAGCCAAUCACGCAGUCCCAGACACACAGACACCCGCUCUAUGAGACGUACACACUCAUACACACGUUGUAAAACGGAAGCAAUAAGGGUUAUCGACUCACUGGGGAAUGCAUGGAUUUUCUUAAAGCAUAGAAGUUUAUUUUUCAUGACAAGAUGUAAUGUUUUUAGAAGCAUUUAUUUUGAUUAAUCUAUGUUUUUACCUAAUCAACCACUCUGCUAUGAUCACCUUUUAAACCAGCCAAGAGAUUAUGAUAAGAGGAG